AUGAAAUCGACAUCGAAACUCGGCUCGAUGACCUUUCGCAAGGAUCCAGAACUCACUGUUUCCUUCUAUGACGGUAGUAUUCUGGACACCGAGGUCGAUGCCAUUGUUUUGUCGGCUUCUAAAGAAUUGCGGAUCAACGAAGAAAUCUACAAGGAACUUAUCAAGCGCGGAAAUAGCUCAGCAAUUAAGAAUGCCUUUGCCGUUGUGAGGUCGGUUAGACCACCUGGAUCCAUUCACGGAGGCGCGAUCAUUGUUGUCAAUGUCGAGUCUUGUGAUUUGUCUUGGAAGAAUCUGCUGCUAGCUGUUGAGCCGGACAGUUUCCAUGUUACGAUGGCAUGCAAAGGACUCUUCGAUACUGUUCACGACCUUGGUUUAACAUCAAUUGCUACAAUUGGCUUUGGCUGCGGAAGCCUAAAAGUUGAUUCCAAGAAAGCAGCGCUUAAACUAAAGGAAGCAAUUAAGCAACAAAUCGAAGAUGGAAAGUUAGAUAAAUUGAAGGAAAUUGGAAUCGUUGAUCGAAGUUGUUCUGUUAUCAAGGAUUUCAUGGCGGUGUUCGAGCUGAAAGUUGAUAUUCCAGAAGUCAAACCGAACGAUGAUUCAUCGAUUUUGGACUUUAUUACUCUCGAUCAGGUGAACGAUGAUGUCUGCGUCAUUUGCCUUGGAGAGUUGUCGGAUAAGAGCCACUUUGUUGUAGCCAUCAAAAAGUGCAAUCAUAUGUUUCACCACAAUUGCUUUGAGAGCUAUUCGAAUCAAACCACUCUUAAACGUUGCCCUACAUGCCAAGUGUUUUUUGCUCUGCCAGAAGGUAAUAUGCCAAGAGGAUCUACUAUGGCACACCAUGUGAUUACUAACGGUGGCAUCAAUCUAGAAGGUGGACGUGGCUACAUUAGCAUCGAUUAUAGCGUUCCCAGUGGAAUUCAAGAGGCAACUCACCUGCGCCCUGGUGUGCCUUUUCAUGGUACACACCGACAAGCAUAUUUACCAAAUACUCCUGAAGGUCACAAGGUUCUAAAGUUGUUAGAAAAGGCUUUUGAAUGUCGUUUGACAUUCACUGUGGGCGAUUCAAUAACUUCUGGCGCUCAGAAUGUAGCUGUUUGGAACAACAUCCAUCACAAGACUACUCUUCAUGGCGGAAGUUUUGGCUACCCUGAUGCUGACUACCUUCUCAGGGUCACAGAGGAAUUGCGAGCUGCGGGCAUUACUGAAGAUAUGACCAAUAAA